AUGGCCCCGGCGCUGUGGCUGGUGGCCCUGCUGGGCAUGGCCCAGGCGUGCCCGGAGCCCUGCGCCUGUGUGGAUAAGUACGCCCACCAGUUCGCCGACUGCGCCUACAAGGAGCUGCAGGUGGUGCCCACCGGGCUGCCCUCCAACGUGACCACCCUCAGCCUGUCGGCCAACAAGAUCAGCUCGCUGCAGCGGCGCUCCUUCGUGGAGGUGACCCAGGUGACAUCCCUCUGGCUGGCGCACAACGAGAUCCGCGCCAUCGAGCCCGGUACCUUCGCCAUCCUGGUGCAGCUGAAAAACCUCGACAUCAGCCACAACCAGAUCGUGGACUUCCCCUGGCAGGACCUCUACAACCUCAGCGCCCUCCAGCUGCUCAAGAUGAACAAUAACCACAUGGCCGUGGUGCCCCGGGGGGCUUUCCACACCCUCAAGGACCUCCGCUCCCUGCGCAUCAACAACAACAAGUUCAGCGCCCUCGCCGAGGGCAUCUUCGACUCGCUCAGCUCCCUCUCCCACCUGCAGAUCUAUAACAACCCCUUCGACUGCUCCUGCAGGCUCCAGUGGCUGAAGAAGUGGAUGGACAGCACGCUCAUCUCCAUCCCGGAGAAGGACUCCAUCACUUGCAACCUCCCGGAGCAGCUCCGAGGGAUGCCGGUGGGGAAGAUCCCGGACGUGCAGUGCACCCCGCCGUCCGUGCAGCUCACCUAUUACCCCAACCUGGACACCACGGAGCUCUUCGACGGCUUCACCCUGACGCUGCACUGUGCCGUGACGGGCACCCCACCACCCGAAGUGAGCUGGAAGAUCCGCACCUCCAGCCAGAUGCUGGAGCUCAGCGGGAACCCAAAGGAGAGCGCGGGGAAGGAUCUCCCCAGGCAGGACCCCGAGCGCUUCUUGGUCUUCAAGAACGGCACGUUGGUGAUCCCUCACCUGAGCAAGAGGGAAGAAGGCACCUACACCUGCCUGGCUGCCAACGAGAUGGGGAGCAACCAGACCUCGGUCAACGUGGCCGUGGCUGGCACCCAGAAGUACCCGCUGCAGCCCGGGAGGGACCCGGCGGGGGGCAAAGCACAGCUGGGUGACAAGAAGCCAGGGGCCAAGGGAGCAAAGAACAGUGUGCUUACACCAGACGAGAGGAGCAAACCCCUCAGCCCCACCCGGCAGAGCCAACCGUCCUUGGCGGCUGGAAUGGAGCCCACAGGAGAUGGGCAAGUCCCUUUCCAGCAUCCUCCCUUUGAGAAGAAGUGUGGCUCCAUGCAGACCAGCAGAUACAUUUCCAACCAUGCUUUCAACCAGAGCGGCGACUUCAAGCAGCACACUUUCGACCUGGGCGUCAUCGCCUUGGACGUGUCGGAGCGUGAUGCCCGGGUGCAGCUGACACCCACCUACCUGCAGCCUGAGAAGGUCCACCUCAGGAUGCUCUACCUGUGCCAGGAGAGGAGCCAGGGCCACGCCUUGGUGCAGUGGUCCAAGAUUGAGGAAGGGGUGAACUCGUACUGGUUCCAGGGCUUGAACCCCGGCACCAACUACUCCGUGUGCCUCACCUACCUGGGCGAGGACUGCCAAGUCCAAGUGGUCUUCACCACCAAGAAGGAGAUCCCCUCGCUCAUCAUCAUCGUGGUCGUGAGCAUCUUCUUGCUGGUGCUGGCCACCCUACCGCUCAUGGGGGCCACCUGGUGCCACCUGCUCUCCAAGUACCACGGGAAGACCUACAAGCUGAUCAUGAAAGCCCAGAACCCGGACCAGAUGGAGAAGCACAUGGCUGCCGACUUCGACCCCCGCGCCUCCUACCUGGAGUCCGAGAAGAACUACAACCCCAGCGAGGUGGGCGAAGGCGACGCAGAGGAGGAGGAUGAAGAGGAGGACGAUGAUGAUGAAGGAGGCAGGCGGAGAAGGAGGAGAGAGGCUGAAGGGGCCGUGGAGCUGGAGCGGGAGGAGAGCGUGGCCGCCAGCUCCAUGGCGGAGUCGCAAUCCAAAGUCAAUGGCGAGGAGUUCGAGGUGCGCUCCGAGUACAGCGACAAGCUGCCGCUGGGCGCCGAGGCCGUCACCAUCUCCCAGGAGAUCAAUGGGAAUUACCGGCAGCGCCCCCGCUGA